CAGACAGUGUGUGUGUGUGUGUGGUGGCUUCAAGGAUGAAGGAUUGAGCCGAUCGCCUGCUGAUGAGACCUGCAGCACGUCCUGGGUGGCAACCAAUCGAAUCAGAGAGGAGGCGGGAUUACCACAGCACCAGUGUAAUAAAUAGGGCGCAGCGUCCCUCAGUUAAGAUGCUCCUGCUCGGACUCGUCUGGCUCGUCCGUCUGGCGUCGUCCACGUUCCCGGAGGAACCCGGAGCCCUGAACAUCGUUCCUACAGAAGUUGUGAGGAAGUACCCGGUGUUCCUCGGUAAAGCUCAUCGCUCGUCUCUCGUCCAGGAACCGUUACACGUCCAGAGAGUCCUGCAGGUCAACCGUACGCUCUACAUCGGAACCAGGGACGACCUUUUCCGUGUGGAACUGGACAGUGUGGUGGGAGACGAGAUGUUCUACAGUAAGAAAAGGACGUGGGAGUCGAACAAGAACGACAUCAAGAUUUGCAGGAUGAAGGGCAAGCGCGAGGACGAAUGUCAUAACUACAUUAAAGUGCUGCUGAGUCGGAACGGAGGUCUGUUCAUCUGCGGCACCAACGCAUUCAACCCGCUCUGCAGCAGCUACACUUCAGACACCCUGGAGAUGGUGGGCGAGACGAUCAGCGGUAUGGCACGAUGCCCUUACGACCCCAAACAUGCCAACGUGGCUCUGUUCGCAGGCGGGAGCCUCUUCACUGCGACAGUGACCGACUUCCUGGCCAUCGACGCGGUGAUCUACAGGAGCGUGGGCGAGGGUCCGGCACUGCGCACCAUCAAACACGACUCCAAAUGGUUCCGGGAACCGUACUUCGUCAGUGCCGUGGAGUGGAGGGAACACAUCUACUUCUUCUUCCGCGAGAUGGCCAUGGAGUUCAACUACCUGGAGAAGGUGGUGGUGUCCCGGGUGGCGCGGGUGUGUAAGAACGACGUGGGCGGAUCUCAGCGGGUUCUGGAGAAACAGUGGACGUCGUUUCUGAAGGCUCGGCUGAACUGCUCCAUCCCCGGAGACUCGCACUUCUACUUCAACCUGCUCCACUCCACCAGUAACGUCCUCCGGCUGCAGGGUCGAGACGUCAUCCUCGCCGUGUUCUCCACCCCUGCUAACAGUAUCCCGGGCUCGGCGGUCUGCGCCUUCGAUAUGGAGGAGCUCUCGGCGGUGUUCGACGGCAGGUUCAAGGAGCAGAAAUCUCCGGAGUCCAUCUGGACACCCGUAGCGGACGAGCUCAUCCCCAAACCGAGGCCGGGCGGAUGUUCUGUCCCGGGCUCCCGCUUCAACUCCUCCAACUCUUUUCCCGACGAGAUGCUGAACUUCGUGAAGACUCACCCGCUGAUGGACGAGGCCGUGCCCUCUGUGGGGCGGAGACCCUGGAUCGUGAGGACCAUGGUCAGGUACCAGCUCAACAGGAUGGUGGUGGAUACCGGUGCCGGUCCCCACGGCAACAACACUGUGGUCUUCCUGGGCUCGAGCCGCGGCACCGUCCUCAAGUUCCUCAUUGUACCAAGGAAGGACGGCGGCGGGUCCAGUGGCAGGUCCAGCGGCGGGUCCGGCGGUAACGUCUUCCUCGAGGAGCUGGAGGGAUUCAACCCUGAGCAGUGUGGUCCGGACUCUCCUCAGGCUCGACACUUGCUCUCUCUGACUCUGGACGCCGUCAGUCGGACGCUGCUGCUCGCCUUCCCGUCCUGCGUGGUCCGGGUCCCUGUGGCUCGCUGCCACCUUUACUCCCGCUGCAUGAAGAACUGCAUCGCCUCACAGGACCCGUACUGCGGCUGGACUAAAGGAAGCACGUGUUCUUUCCUUAGCGCUGGCACCAGAAUUCCCUUCGAGCAGGACGUGUUUGGAGGAAACACCUCCCACCUGGGCGACUGUGACGGACUCCUGCAGGAGAGCUACGUGGAGGAACCCGACGGCUUGGUUUCCGUCAACCUCCUGGUGAUGUGCGCCGUCUCCGCCUUCGCCACCGGAUCCGCGCUGUCGGCUCUCAUGGUCUGCUGGCUCAUGACGUUCAAGCAUCGCCAGAGAUCCAGAGGAGGAGCUUCGGGUUCGGGCGGGCGCCGGCACGUGGACAGGGAGCCGGGCGCUCUCGGGCGCGGGCGGAGCUCUUCGACGAUCAGCGUGACGCAGAUCAGCGGCGUCGACACCCAGGUCGACAGAUUUUUCACCAACGGUUGGCUGAAAUCUGGCGAGAUCCAGGAUCCGGGAUUACCGACUCCUGAGCAAACGCCGCUGCAGCAGAAACGCCCCAUGCCCGACGUCCACGACCACACCCAGUUCCAUCUAUCAGACACGGAUUGGGACCAAAGCCAGACUUAUAUUGCCCAAAUGGGUCCGGGGAACAUCAUGUACCUGAGCUCGGAUUACCUCCAGGGUGGCGACGGCGGUCAGCAAGACGACACGGUGAACGUGGACCGUCAGCGCUAUCUCAUCGUCGCUCAUCCAACCGUCCAGAACGAGCGGAACAGGCAUCGCUCGACACCCAAGACGCGCAGCUCGGCCGGCGAUUACGGGCCGACCGCGCCGCGGGAACCGCACGAGCGCAGGAAGGUGGUGUCCGCUCCGAAUCCGCACACGGACCACGCGCAGCAUCCGCCGCACUGGGGGCAGAACGGCGCCAACUUCAAAAGCAGCAACGGCAAACCGGCGAGGCAGUAUCCCAUACAGCCGCGUACCAACGCCGCGCUGGCACGGCCGAGCAUCCUUCACGCCAAGCGGGGCCUCUGUGAGAAGCAGGAGUUCAGCCAAAGGGAAAAGGAGAACGAGUGAAGACGUGAGGAACGUCCGGAGAUCUGAGCUGGACUUUUUAUCCUCCUGAGAUUUCCCUGAAUGCGUCUCGCUGCCAUCCAGCAUCCCGAAAUCGAACAGUGUUGAUACGAAGACAGUUUUAUGCCUUUUUUAUGAAUUAGGGAGGCACCGUGCCCGAACGUGAGACGGAAUCUGAUCGGAGCGCCUCUUGGGUCGAGAUCUGAUCCUUAAUCCUGACUUUGACUCGUACGGACGCCGAGCGUGACAGACGAGCGCCUCCCACACUAAAUCUUUAGCACUUAGCAUGUCGUCGAGUGUCCUUCACUACCCAAGGGGACUCGGCUACGUUUCAGGAAACCAGAUAUCAGUAUACUGUGAACACUCCCUCAGACUCCAGCACUAUUUAUGUUCGAGUCUCAAAUCGGUGGUCCUGUGUUCUGUUUUUUUUUUAUAUAUAUAUAUAUAACUUGGUCAUAAGACACUUCGUGUGUGUGUGUGUGUGUGUGUGUGUUGCAAGUGUGAAGCCGAGACGCACCGGAGCUUUUCCUGUAACCCGAGCAAUCACACAUCACAAAAUCAACCUGACUCAGACCUGUGUGUGUGUUUUAUAUCAGAAGUGUGUGGGACGAAUCGGAACGUCCCAGUUUCGGUCUGGACCUUUUCAGGGGACGUAAUGCGAUUGAUGCUUUUUAUUUAACGAUGUGAACAAACUUACUUGCUAAUACCCACUGUUUGUUGAUGUUGCAUAUGUGUUUUACUGAUAUAAAACGUACUGAAUCUAAA